UUUGCCUAAAUUGAAUGCAUUCAAUAUAUUGAGUGUAUUUAUCAAAUGCACUCAAUUAUGGAAGACAAUUACCCGUUUAAGCUAAUAAUUCUUCAGAAAACUCUACUUACUUUCUUUUUCCUCAGGCAGGCAUCAGUAUUUCUGCAACGUGGGGCUCGGCGGAUUGGCAGUGUGUAUAAAAAGGCAAUUUACAGGCAGUACACAGAUUCUUCUUACUCUCAGGAGGUCCCCAAACCCCCCUGGCUGGGUUACCUGGGGCCCGUCAUGAGGGCUGAGGAGCAGGAUGUUAUCAUAGUGCACAUGAAGAACUUUGGCUCCAGACGUUACUCCAUGCAUCCACAUGGCGUCUUCUAUGCCAAAGACUCAGAAGGUGCGUUGUAUCCAGACGGAACCUCAGACAGUCUGAAGCAAGAUGACGGUGUUCCUCCAGGGGGAAACUACACCUACACCUGGAUUGUGAAAGCAGAAUCUGCCCCUCAGAAGGAUGACCCAAACUGCCUGACAUGGGCCUACCAUUCACACGUCAGUGCUUCACAGGACAUCUCCUCUGGCCUUAUUGGAGCUCUUCUCACCUGCAAGAAAGGAACCCUGUGUGAGACGUCCACUUCCGAUCAGCACCACGCUCAUCGUGAGGAUGUGGACCAGGAUCUCAUCCUCAUGUUCAGUGUGGUGGAUGAGAACAUCAGCUGGUAUCUAAAAGAGAACAUCCAGAGCUUCUGCUCCGACCCAGAUGGUGUGGAUCCUGCAAGUGAAGACUUCCAAGAAUCCAAUUUGAUGCACGCCAUUAAUGGAUAUGUGUAUGGAAACCUACCGGGGAUUGAGUUUUGUCAAAACCGCACAGUUGCUCUGCAUCUCUUUGGCAUGGGCAAUGAGAUCGACAUUCACUCUGUUCAUUUCCACGGGCACACACUUCUGGACCGCGGGCACCGUGUGGAUGUCAUGAGUCUGUUUUCUGCCACUUUUGCCACUGCAGACAUGAUUCCUGCCACAAUAGGGACGUGGCUGUUAAACUGCCAGGUCAAUGAUCAUCUACAAGCUGGUAUGCAGGCACUGUUCAAUGUGUCGUCCUGCAGUGAUGAGGCGAGCUCCACGGCUCCUCUCAGUGGGAAGAUCAGGAAGUAUUUCAUUGCUGCUGAGAAGGUUCAGUGGGAUUACGGACCAUCAGGGAUGAACCAAGUGACCAAGGAGUCUCUAAUCGAUCCUGGAAGCUUUUCAGAGGUUUUCUUUGGGACCAAUAAUAGCCGAAUUGGUGGAAAGUACUGGAAGGUGAUAUACAGAGAAUAUACAGAUAAGACUUUCACCUUAAAGAGAAAGCAAACCAGUGCUCAGACUCAUCUAGGCAUUCUGGGUCCAGUACUGAGGGCAGAGGUUGGAGAUACACUUCAGGUGAUGUUCCUGAAUAAAGCUGACAGAAACUACAGUAUCCAGCCUCAUGGACUCCAGUACGACAAACCCUUCGAGGGAGUAUUUUAUCAAGAUGGUAUAAAGAGAAAAGGAUAUGAAGUUCAGCCAGGUGAAACGUUCACCUACAUGUGGAAGUUGAGGGAAGGACCGUCUGAAAGUGACCCUCCCUGUAUUUCCUACCUGUACUUUUCCUCCAGUAAUGCAGUCAGAGACACUAACUCUGGCCUCGCAGGCCCCCUGCUGGUGUGUAAGAAAGAUGCGCUGACAUCCAGUGGCACUCAGAAAGAGGUGGAUCAUGAGUUUUUCCUGCUUUUUACUGUGUUCAAUGAAAACCUCAGCUGGUACUUGGAUCAGAACAUUGAAACCUUUGGCACCAAUGAGUCAGACCCAGAAAAUCUGGACUUUCAGGAGAGCAAUAAAAUGCAUGCUGUGAAUGGCUUCAUGUAUGGGAACCUACCUGGCCUUGAGAUGAAUAAGGGGUCCAGGGUCAGAUGGCAUCUUUUAGGACUUGGCACAGAGAUGGACAUUCAUGGCAUUUACUUCCAAGGCAACACCUUCGAGAAACAGGGCACAACACAUGACACUCUGAGCCUGUUUCCACACACUGCAGUCACUGUUUUCAUGCAACCAGAUGUCAGUGGUGUAUUUGAGCUGAGCUGCCUAGUGUGGGAUCACUAUGAUAGUGGGAUGAGACAACUGUAUGAAGUGACAGGACCAAGAUAUGAAGAGCCCUCAGUCUCACCAUCUGAGACAGUGGAGUAUUUCAUCAGUGCUGAAGAGCUGGAGUGGGACUAUUCGCCUGAUCGCACAUGGGAACUGCAGAACUUCAACACAACGGAGGAUGAAAGGCAGGUCCAUGUGCUACAUGCAGCGUUUGUUGGUAUUGCAGUGUUUGAAUGGCUUCUGAAACCACAUUUUUGUCUCAGUCCUGGCAGUCUAUUUGUAGGAACAGGAGGAAACAAACUGGGCUCCAAGUAUAAGAAAGUAGUUUAUCGAGAAUACACUGACGCCACCUUCAGGACAAGAAUAGAAAGAGAGCCUCAAGAGACACACUUGGAGAUUUUAGGGCCUAUGAUCAGAGCUGAAGUUGGCCAGGUUUUGUUGAUCACGUUCAUGAAUAAAGCUAGUCAUGCUUACUCGAUACAAGCACAUGGAGUCAGAUCUUUUACUUCAAAACCUGAGGCCGUCAUGCCAGGUAAUAUGACUCAGUACCAGUGGAUCAUUCCGGAGAAAUCCGGUCCAGGCGUGUCUGAUCCAAACUGCAUUGCUUUUGCCUACUGCUCAGCUGUGGACUUUGUUAAGGAUACAGCCAGUGGUCUGAUUGGGCCAUUAAUGAUCUGCAGGAAGGGAACACUGAACCAGGAUAGACAGAGAACUGAUGUGGACAGAGAAUUUGCUCUCCUUUUCAUGGUGUUUGACGAGAACAAAUCCUGGUACCUGGAAGAAAACAUUGAAUCCUACUACAACAGCUCAGAACCUCUUCUAAGAGAUGACGAGUUUCAGAAAAGCAACAAGAUGUAUGGGAUAAAUGGAAAAGUCUAUGCAAAUCUUCGGGGACUGGAAAUGGUGGUAGGGGAAAGAGUGGUCUGGUACUUGUUUGGGAUGGGUAAUGAAGCAGAUAUUCACACCGUCCAUUUUCACGCUGAGACCUUCACCUACAAGACAGAUCAUACUCACCGUACUGAUGUGUAUGACCUGAUUCCGGGGUCAUUUCAGACAUUAGAGAUGGUGGCAGAGGUCAAUGGAACAUGGCUUCUGCACUGUCAUGUCUCGCACCACAUCCUUGGUGGAAUGGACACCACUUUUAUCAUCAAACCUCGAUCAGGUGGUGACUCUGUGAGGAGAGAUUUAAACAUCAUUUGUGUGCUGAUCACAACAUUUAUGUUCAAACUCAUAUAUUGAUCCUUCUGUAGACAUAUACUGUACUUAAAUACUCUUAACAAAUAUAUUUAAGCAGUGUUCAAAAGUUUAGGGCCAGUAGGAUUGUCUCCCCUCUUAUGAUCACCAAGGUUUAAGAAAAAUACAGUAAAACCUGUAUUGUGGAAUAUG